AUGGCCCAUGAGAUGAUUGGAACUCAAAUUGUUACUGAGAGGUUGGUGGCUCUGCUGGAAAGUGGAACGGAAAAAGUGCUGCUAAUUGAUAGCCGGCCAUUUGUGGAAUACAAUACAUCCCACAUUUUGGAAGCCAUUAAUAUCAACUGCUCCAAGCUUAUGAAGCGAAGGUUGCAACAGGACAAAGUGUUAAUUACAGAGCUCAUCCAGCAUUCAGCAAAACAUAAGGUUGAUAUUGAUUGCAGUCAGAAGGUUGUGGUUUAUGAUCAAAGCUCCCAAGAUGUUGCCUCUCUGUCUUCAGACUGUUUUCUCACUGUACUUCUGGGUAAACUGGAGAAGAGCUUCAGCUCCGUUCACCUGCUCGCAGGUGGGUUUGCGGAGUUCUCCCGUUGUUUCCCUGGCCUCUGUGAAGGAAAAUCUGCUGUAGUCCCUACCUGCAUUUCUCAGCCUUGCCUUCCUGUUGCCAACAUUGGGCCAACCCGAAUUCUUCCCAAUCUGUAUCUUGGCUGCCAGCGAGAUGUCCUCAACAAGGAGCUGAUGCAACAGAAUGGGAUUGGUUAUGUGUUAAAUGCCAGCAAUACCUGUCCUAAGCCCGACUUUAUCCCCGAGUCUCAUUUCCUGCGCGUGCCUGUGAAUGAUAGUUUCUGCGAGAAAAUUUUGCCGUGGUUGGACAAAUCAGUCGAUUUCAUCGAGAAAGCAAAAGCCUGCAACGGAUGUGUCCUGGUACACUGCUUAGCUGGCGUCUCUCGCUCAGCCACCAUCGCCAUCGCCUACAUCAUGAAGAGGAUGAACAUGUCCUUAGACGAAGCUUACAGAUUUGUGAAAGAAAAAAGACCUACCAUAUCUCCAAACUUCAAUUUUCUGGGCCAACUCCUGGACUACGAGAAGAAGAUUAAGAACCAGACCGGCACAUCAGGGCCAAAGAGCAAACUCAAGCUGCUACACCUGGAGAAGCCAAAUGAACCUGUGCCCGCGGUCUCCGAGGGCGGACAGAAGAGCGAGAUGUGCCUCGGUCCACCCUGUGCCAACUCCGCUACCUCAGAGGCGGCAGGGCAAAGGCCCGCGCACCCUGCCAGCGCGCCCGGCUCGCAGCCGCCGCUGCCGGAGGACGGCCCGCUGGUCCAGGCGCUGAGCGGACUGCACCUGCCGUCCGGCAAGCUGGAGGACAGCAGGAAGCUCAAGCGCUCCUUCUCUCUGGACAUCAAGUCCGUCUCGUACUCGGCCAGCGUGGCCGCAUCCUUGCACGGUUUCCCCUCGUCAGAGGAUGCUCUGGAAUACUACAAACCCUCCGCGGCUCUGGAUGGGACCAGCAAGCUCUGCCAGUUCUCUCCGGUCGAGGAGGUGUCGGAGCAGACUCCAGAAACCAGCCCCGACAAGGAGGAAGCCAACCUCCCCAAGAAGCCUCAGCCCACCAGGCCCGCAGAGAGCCAGGGCAAGCGGCUGCAUUCAGUGCGAGCGACGGGCGGUGGUGCCGCCCAGCGGUCCCUCUUCUCCCCGCUGCACCGAAGCGGGAGCGUGGAGGACAACUGCCACCCCAGCUUCCUCUUGGGCCUGUCCGCCAGCCAGCAGCACCUCGCCAAGUCUGCCGCCGGGCUGGGCCUCAAGGGCUGGCACUCAGAUAUCUUGGCUCCCCAGACCUCCGCCCCUUCCCUGGCCAACAGCUGGUAUUUUGCCACAGAGCCCUCGCGCUUCUACUCUGCCUCCGCCAUGUACGGGGGCAGCGCCGGCUACUCGGCCUACAGCUGCAGCCAGCUGCCCACCGGCAGCGACCAAGCGUACUCCGUGCGCAGGCGGCACAAGCCAGGCGACAGGCCCGACUCGCGGCGGAGCUGGCACGAAGAGAGCCCCUUUGAAAAGCAGUUUAAACGCAGAAGCUGCCAGAUGGAGUUUGGCGAGAGCAUCAUGUCCGAGAACAGGUCGCGGGAAGAGCUGGGGAAGGUGGGCAGCCAGUCUAGCUUUUCAGGCAGCAUGGAGAUCAUUGAGGUCUCCUGA